AUGGGUGAGUAAAUGAUUCUGGUAAAAAUAAAUUUUUUGCCCGUUUUUUUCUUUUUGCGACUUGAAAGGGCGGGACUUCUCUGAGCCCUCUUUGUCUCUCGGCGACCCUUUCUCGAUGACGUGCUUCUUUUCGUUUAUCUUAUCUUACCGGUGAGAAAACAGAGAGCCGUAGACACUAGAAAAAAUUAAAAUCUCGGUGAACUAGCUAAUAAAACGACUUUUGAAUCUGCGAAAAAUCAAAAUUUAUUCAGCUUCUCAUAUUUCUCAUUUCAGUAGGCACGUCAUCGCAUAUUGUUUUUUAUUAACCAGCUAUUUUUAUUAUUUCUUAACAAUUCCGAUGAUUCCUCUCAACGUCAAUCUUCUACUUACUCUUUUGACCUUGCAACGAUUUUUAGUUAUUUGUUGCCGUCCAAGUUAUCACGGGUUGUUGACUGGGUAAGACUUAUUGAAUUUAAAAAAAUAAAGAAAAUUUAUAGGAAGAAGCUGAAAUUUUGCAUUUUCACUUCUUGGCUACUUUGCUUUUUCCACUUGGGGUUUCUUCUCUGUAAGAACGAUUCGUAUUAAUUCGAAAUUUUCUCAUUUUUCAGAUUUUUGCGACUACGGUUUUGCAAAGCCAUCAAUUUACUGCCAGAAAGCAAGAGAUGCUUCGAUUAUUAAUGUAUGUUCUUUUAUUAUUUCUUUCUAUUCAAUCAUUUUUAGACUUUAGCGGUUUGUGAUAAACUUCUAGCAGCUUUGAAUAUAAUUUUGUACUACUUUAUAUAUAAGAAAGUCCAUAGUAUGGCUGCCAUGGUUUCCAGGCAAAAUUAUCGACCGGAGAAAAGAGUUAUGAAGCAGGCGUUGCCUUUUACAAUCGCCCAAAUAGUAAGACUGUUGUAAAACAUAUCUUGGAUAGGCACCCGUGUUUUGUUUUGGAAACAGAAAAUGAUGAAAUCGAUGUAUAGUUUUCCUCCUUCUCACGUCUUUGUAGUGCUUGAGCAAGGUCAUAUGCUGAUUUUAGUAAUAAUCAGUGAGCUGGCUCUAAUGACAUAUAGCCCGUUCACGGCUGGCUUGGGCCAGCGAACGGGCGGUUUAUCUAUGCGCCUUUCAUAAAAGCCCCAUAUUAUGAUUUAUUUGGUUUUCUCUUAUUAUUCGUCGAUUUCAAGAGAAUCUAAAAACAAUUAGAUUAAUGUAAACAAAAAAUAAAUUCAAUAGAAACAGAAAUAAUUCAUAAAAUGAGUCUCUUAUUAAAGGUGCAUGUACGGCCACAAUGAUCUACCAUCGCCGCGCAAGUUGAACCGCCCGUUCGCUGCCCCGAGCCAGCCGUGAACGGGCUAUAUCCGUCCUUGUGUGUGACGGCUGAGGAUUAGAAAGCCGUGGUUUUCCACUACAAGAAAAAAGAUCCCCGUGGUUGGACCACGGUGGGGAUCGAACUCGUGACCCUUCGCCCCGUAGGCAGGCACACAACCUGUUGUGCUACAGCUUUUUAUAACAUUGAUUUUAAAAAAAAUUUUAAAAAAAGCUUUAAAGAAACGUGAGGAAACAUUUUCAUUGCAGCUUCUACUGAUCUUGGUCCUGCCUCCUUGGUUCCUGAACUCAACAUUCCGAAGAGCCCCGCUCAUCUGCACAUUCUACGUCUUGGACUAUUUCCUCAUCCCAACAGUCAUCCCUUUGUCAUUCCUUUCUUCACUUUAUCAACAGUACAAGAGCAAAACCACUCCGUCGAUCCCGAAGACACGAGUCUAG